AUGAACGAUCAUAGAACAUCUUCAAUUGAUUGCCGACGUUCGCAACGAUAUAAAGCUCAAGAUUAUUUACUUAUUUGGCUUCAUAAUGAUACUAACGAAACAAAUGAAGAGUAUCAAAACACAUUGAAACAUCUAAGAAAUCUAGUUGAUACGAUCGAUAUUUUUAUCAAUCCAGACGAAUGUGUGAAUUUUUUUACUGAAUUCAAUGAUAUGAAAACAUUUCUGAUAAUAAAUGAUACAAUUAGUGAAGAAAUCAUUCCUCUUAUUCAUGAUUUACCGCAACUUGAUCAAAUUUAUAUAUUUUCUCGUACAACUGUGUUGUCUUCUGAAUGGAUAGGAAAAUGGACAAAGAUAAAAGGUAUUUCUGCGGAAAUGACAUCUUUAUGUGCUACAUUAAAACUGAUGAUUAGACAACACAAUCAAGAUUCGAUUGCUACUAGUGUUAUUUCACUCAACGAGAUUAAUCCAAACAAAAACCUAAAUGAAUUAGAAUCUACAUUUAUGUAUUCACAGAUUUUCAAGGAUAUUCUCUUAAAGAUGAAUUAUAACGAUAAUUCCAUCGAUGAAUUCGUUCAAUUCUGCCAAAAGAAUAAGUUUGGAUCAUCAAAAAAUAUUGAUUUAUUCGAAAAAGAGUAUCAUAAUCGAUCAUCCAUUUGGUGGUAUACAUGGCCAGGUUUUAUCUAUCCAAUGCUCAAUUCUAGUCUUCGUACUUUAGAAAGUGAUGUGAUUAUUAAGAUGGGCUUCUUUAUUUAUGAUUUACAUAAGCAAAUUGAACAAUUAUAUAAUGAACAACGUGACAGUUAUCAUGAAGAGUCAUUCAAGGUUUAUCGCGGACAAGGAUUAUCUAAAGAACAUUUUGAAAAAGUUAUCAAAGCAAAAAAUGGUUUAAUCUCUUUUAACAAUUUCUUGUCGACUAGUAAAGUAGAAGAAGUUUCGGUGGGAUUUGCGGUUAUUGCUUCUACAAUUGCUGAUACAGUUGGAAUACUCUUUGUGAUCUAUAUCGAUCCUUCUGUUUCAUCAGCACCAUUCGCAUGUAUUGAAAAACAUAGUUCUCUCGAAUCUGAAGAAGAAAUUCUCUUUUCUAUGCAUACCGUAUUUCGUAUUGGAGAUGUGAAACGAAUUGAUAAUAAUGAUGAACUCUAUCGAAUCGAACUUCAACUAACUGCUGAUAAUGAUCAAGAACUUUGUAUAUUGACUGAUUGGUUAUCAAAAGAUAUUCCAGAUGAAAUCGGAUGGAAACGGUUAGGGAAUUUAUUAAUCAAAAUCGGUCAAUUGGAAAAAGCGGAACAGUUUUAUCAAACAUUACUUGAACAGACAAGUGAUGUUGCUGAUAUGAUACAUUAUUAUGGUCAACUUGCAUUUAUUAAAUAUAAUCAAGGUGAUCGAAAAAUGUCGAUGUGGUAUCAUUUAAAGAUCUCAGAAUUGAGCAAAACAACGAAUUCGGGUGAUUCCACCGAUGAACUGACUAUGGUAAACAGAAAUUUUAGUGAGGAUAACAAAACAAUUCUAUCCUAUAAGAAUGAUUUAAGACUUGAUUUCGGCGAGAUUUGUCACUGUGAUAUCAAAUAUAUCGAAUAUUCUGAAGAGAGAGAAGUAUCUCCGGAUACACUUUUAUUCUAUGAGAAAUCACUUGAUGAUUUCCAAAGAAAUUUACGUUUAAAGAAUCUUUAUCCAACAACUUCCUGUAAUCCUUUCGAUCCAGUUGAUGAUCAUUUCAAGCAAUCAUCUCCAUUACUUUGGUUUCAAAGGAAAAUACUCGAGAUUCGACAAAAAUGUCUUCAUCCAAAUCAUCCUGAUAUAGCUCAGUCGUAUGCUUCUGUAGCUUCAUUAUAUGAGAAAAGAAAAGAUCCUUAUCAAGCACGUUCAUUUUAUCAAAAAUCGAUUGAUAUUUGCAAGCAAAUUCUUCCCUCAAAUCAUCCGACUUUAUCAUGCUUAUAUCAUAAUAUUGGUAUGACAUAUCAAUCCACAGGCGAAUAUUUCACAGCAUUAUGCUUUAUCAAAAAAUCACUUGAAAUUGCCGAGAAGACUCUUCCUCCAUAUCAUCUCGAUCUGAGUUUCAUUUACUUUAACAUGGCUGGAUUAUACGAUAAAUUAGAUGAUUAUUCUAACGCAAUUGUCUAUUACAAAAAUUCGAUUACAGUAAACGAAAAAAAUCUUCAUAUGAAAGAUGAGAAUUACACGUUUUCUAGUACAAAAGUUGGAAAGAUACAUAGCACAAUGGAACAAUAUUCCGAAGCACUUAUAUAUUAUAACAAAGCACUUACUAUUGAAGAACAACUGUGUCCGUUAGAUGAUCCUCGAUUGAUUGAUUAUUAUGCAGAGAUUGCUUCAUUACAUCACAAACUCGAAGAAUAUCCAAAUGCACUUCUCUUUUUUCACAAAGCUCUUCACAUUGUUGAAAAGCAUCUUUCUUCAGAAUUUGGAAAAUUGUUUACUCUUUAUGAUGCAAUUGCUAGAUCAUAUGAAAAAAAUGAAAAUUAUCCUCAAGCACUUUUAUUCUAUGAGAAAACACUUGGAAUUAGUGAACAAAUGUAUACUUUAAAUCAUAUCAAUUCGGCAGUUUGCUACAAUAAUAUUGGUAUUGUCUAUAUUAGAAUGGGUCAGUAUUCAAAAGCAUUGAGCUAUUUCGAACUUGCUUUGCAUAUGAGACAAAUAUGUAACCCUGAAGAUGAUUCACGCUGGAAAGAAAUUCAAGAUGCUAUCGAUUAUCUGAGAGAGCUUGAAGAUGAGGAUGUGAUUGAGUCCGCCGAGUAG